CAGUUUACGAGGGUGAAAGAGGUACUGGGGAUGGUUUACGGAGCAGGACAGAAAUAGAGGGAAAGUAUGGAGGAAAAAAAGAGACAAAGCGUAAAGAGGGUGGAAGAGAACUGGGAAGACAGAGAGGGCAACACCGGGCAGGUUGUGUGCAGGCCUUUUAGGGAGGGAAGCGAGAAGGAGCUCUGCACGAAGCGAGGAGGAAAGGACGCAGGCGCCCUGGACGCGGAGCGACGCUGCUCGACGACGCUGCAUUGGCAGUUGCACCCCAGCCACACCCGGUACGAGCCAUGUAGUCGGGCUACCCUCCACCGCGAUACACGGCGGACAAUUGUUGCUUCUGCGCCCACAGGUGGUACAUCUUCAUCUUCGAUCUUCGUGCCCGUAGACGUUCGCGUCCGGUGUGCCACGUCGUCGAACGCGACCGGGGCCCAUGGACGAGCCUCGAUCUAUCGUUGACCGGUCGACCAAGCGCGCGUCGUGCUGCUCGUAACCGCGCUCUGCUCGUCCAUGUCGUGCCUCUCUCUACGUGUCUAGAGACCCUAGUGCUACUUACGUGCCACCGCUUGCAAAAACCUAUUUCGUGUCCUCGUUCAACGUCGCUUUCAACGUUCGCCCUUCAUUUGUUUCGUCAUCGUGGUUACUUUUACGUAUACUUCCGUGGUGCUGCUUUCAUGAUACUCGCGUCUAUGUGUAGUGUGAGCUUGGGUUUUCCGUGUGCGUUACUCGAAGCAACCCCUCUACGGUAAACGAUCCAGUCGUAUCGAACCGAGUAGACAGGUAAAGUCGAGCCUGAAUUAUUUCUGCGUUAAUCGAAGGUGUUAGGGAGCAAGAGGAAUAGAAGAAAGAGAAAGGUGGGACGAAGAAAGAGUACGAGGAGGGACUAGGAACGCAUACGUGGUUCGUCGCCGUGAGCCACCGGCGAUCCAAGGCUGCGACGAGGCUCGCGAACAGCCGCACGAGGGCAGAGUUGUAGCUUCACGCGGGUUCCUCCUUUCGCGGUGCUUCCCCGCCGUACAAAACCAGCCAUCGCCACUGCGAGGAAGCUAAGAGAGGGCGAAGAAGUCGCGCAAAGUCCUCCUACGUGUUUGUUCCUGCUUUCUGACUGGCAAGCAAGACACCAGGCUACCGGUAGACACUGAGACAGGUUGAAAGAGAGAAAGGGAGAGGGGACCACUUACCAGAGGGAGUUAUCGACUACACACGUAAGGCGACAGCGCACACGUACGGAUACACAAACAUCGCGGACCUGUUGUCCAACUUGUUGCUCGUCCCUGCAAAAGGCACACCUCGCCUACCUCCACGACGCACACGUUUGCUUUCCGAAAAAGGACCUUCGGUUAUUUACAAUUCGUUAACUCGAAGAUAGCAGCUUGAAUUUUCAGCUGGAAGAACCACAGCCUGACUGGCUCGGUCUGUUAUUCAGCCUGCCGAGAGAAUUAAUCGAGCGUAUUUUAUAAAUCCGCUCGCUCCAGAGAUAAGAAACUGGUGAUUCGAUUUGCUCCUCUACGCUACUGCAAUUGUACCUUCUUAUUAGAAAAUCUGUUUAAUGGUGGAAGAUCGAAGGUUCUACGAGAGACUGUUUUUAUCGGGAAAAUUGGUGAUUUGUAUCGAGAAGAAGGAAUAUAUUUGGAAAGAUUUUUUUCCAAUUUACUGGAACGGUUUUAGAGAAGAGUAAGAGGAAGCACGCGGCAUCGCGACCAUUAUUUGUCGGAUUCACCGCACUCGAAAUCGCCGAGAUGAGGAUAUCGUCGCGAGAAUGGACACGCCUGAUGCUGCACGAGAGUGUUGCCGGCAGAAUGGAACGAUGCUCGGAUCAGGAGGGCGAGUAGACGGUGAAAAUUAGUCCGAGUGGCGAGAACUGACCUCUGAGAGAGACUCGAUGCGGUAUUAGGACGAACCGAGAUAUAAAACAAGAAUAAUUAAAUACAAUAUGAAUAUUCAUAAAUAAUCACGAAGUAUAUGUACAUUUUUAAUAACCGUGAACACUGAAACAAAUUUUAAUCGAAGAGAGUUUUUCAAGCGGCGUACGAAAGAAAAUUACUGAAGAGAAUAGCGUUAAUAAAAAUAGUUGAUACGGAUUGUUUGGAUUUUAUUAAACUACGAUGAAGCGUAUAGAUGAAAGAUUUAUCCAGAGGAAGAAUGUAAGCACCGGAGGCGACAGUAAGCGGAAGACAGGGCAAAAGUAGACGAAGACCGACGAAUACCGUAAGAACCACGUAAUCUUCCACCCGUGAAUACAACGAAAGCAAUAUUACAAACAAGGUAAAACAACAAAGAGAAUCUAAGAAAAGAAACAAAAGAAGCAAACUAAGAAGAAAUAAGGCAAGGCAAGCUACAUCUUUCUUUCUUUCUUAUAAACUCGAGUUACACCGAGGUAUCUCAUCUGGAACCACGUACAUUAACACGCACAAACCAAGUGUUAUUAAAAAGAAAAUUUCCAGUGAGAAAAUACUUCCUGAUAAUCUCAACUUCCGGGUGUAUCUGAAAUCUCGAGUUGGACUGACUCGCUUCGCCGAAAAGAUAUUUUAAUAUAAAUCUAUACACGUAUCUAUAUAUGUGUAUAUAUACACACACUAUAUAAAUACACAAAUAUACAAGUAUAUUUAUACACACAGACACGUGUGUAUAUAUAUUUACGUGAAAUACACACGUAGCUCCGUUUGAAAUCGUGCAACGACAUCUAGAAUUAAAAUACCGCCCCCAAACGGCGAUCGGAAUCGACAUUUCCGGUAGAAACGAGCCCGCCACAAGGAAGUGUCCCGUUUUUAUCAACUCUGCGAAUCGAAUAUCGAUGCUGUAAUUACUUGGAGUUUGACUAGUUCCUCUCGAGACGCUCGUGUAAGUUCACUUGGAACACGUUUCAUCGUACGACACAGGGAACACAGGACGAAAUUUGUUUAACGAGCAAGAGGAGACUCGAUAGGUGAUCCAAUCACGAACAGGAAGUAGGAUGAGGACGAGAAGAUUGACGAUGAGAAACGAGGCGUUCCUGGCUUGAGACAUCGAUCGUUCGAUCGACCGUAAUCCUGGUGGCCUCCACGAGGACCACCAGGGCGACAUUUUGCGCGAAUCGAAACCACGAUCGAUCGUUUGAUAAACGACGAUCGUUUUUGGCUGGACGAACGUCUAUCUGGUGCUCUGGAAGUACAAACUCGGGAAGAAUCGAUCAUUGAGAAAAAUAUUUUGUUUUUCGAAAAGAAUAUAAACAUUGGAGGAUCUCUUCUUAUUCGUCACGACUUUUUUUAACCAGAAAUAUAAUCGAAAUAAUUCGAUAAAAAUCUAUCCGAUGGUCUGGAAAUACGAAGAUAGAGAAGAAUCUUUUUCCAAAAAAAUAUAAAAAUUGAAGGAUUUCUUUUUGUUAGUUGUUUAUUCUUCAUCUACAUCGGAUCUGAAUUUCUCUCUAUUUAGGACCAAGAGAAAGAAACCAAAAGCCAAGAUGCCGCGGUGUUAUAUGGUGAAGAAGGCCCUGUGCAACAAGUAUAUAAGCAACGUUGCCAGAGGAUUCGAGAGCUGGAGUCGCGGAAGGACCGCGCCAUCGCCGACCACCAUACAAACCCCGGUUUCGCCCAUAAAAGGGAGCGUCGCACCCCCUGUUGCUCAAGAAUGCCUGAAUACGAAGUCCCAAGAUACGACUGCGACGGCAGGAGCGAAGAUACUCGAGCAGAAUGUCCCGAAGGAGAAGGUAAACGAGCCUAGCAAUGUGGACAUGACGGCGACGACAAACACCACGAGUACACCAUCGACGGAAUCUUCGACUAUAGCUCAAACGGAGACAUCGGUGAUCACCUGCACAGCUACAUGCUCACCAUCCACGGUGGUAGCUUCGCAAACGACAGAAUCAAUCGCCUUGAGCGUCGAGGACACAACGAUCACGACGUCCACGUUGCCUUCCACGGCUCCCGGAUCACCGUCCAAAACAGUUCACACAGACCAUCAGCAACAUACGACCGUGGUCCAUUACACGCCACCGAGUGAGCCUCCUCCACCCUCGAACACCGCCACAGCGUACCACGUGGAAGAAACAGCGGAUCAUUCCACGUCUGAUUCAAUGAUAGGGUCCAAUAACGAGCUCUCAAGAUCGUUGCCCCCAUUAGCACCACCCAGUGUCGCCAUCGGGCCACAAAACGUGAUAGAGUCACCUGCAACCGAUAUCCAAGAGAUGACGGUGUACCAACCGAAUCAACCGAUCUACCAAGUGAACGCUAUCGGUUUAGCAGGUUCUACAGUCUACCAACACCAGCAACCAACAACAGCGAGCAUCAUUUACGAGCCCAGCGCAACGAUAGUCCAGCAAACGGGCAGCGUGUUCAUCCCACUGUCCCCUGUUCAAGAGAUUCUGCUCACCUAUAGCACGCCGACCAUCCCGUGCACGCCGACCAUCCCGUGCACACCGACCAUCCCGUGCACACCGACCAUCCCGUGCACACCGACCAUCCCGUGCACACCGACCAUCCCGUGCACACCAACCAUCCCGUGCACACCGACCAUCCCGUGCACACCGACCAUCCCGUGCACGCCGAUCAUGACUACACAUCACCCAUCCCAACUACUACCACAGCAACAGCAGAUUGUCCAAACCAUAGAGACAGCACCACCAUUGACCCCACCUACGUCAGAGUGUAGCAGCGAUAUUGAAAAUAAUAAUCCCAAUCCGCAACCCAGUCAGAAGGAUAAAGAGGUGCAAACGGUGCUCGAACAGAGCGAGGUGAAACCGGCGAGUUAUACGUAUGAUACUUUAUUAGUGACUGACGGGAGGUCGAAAAAUAAGAAGGUUUUACCUGUUCAGGAGGCUGAACCGGUUGAGGGACUCGAGGCGUCAAAGAGCGGGCGUUAUGUCUGUUGCGAGUGCGGUAAACAGUACGCGACUUCGUCAAACUUGUCACGACACAAACAAACCCAUCGUAGUAUCAACUCGCAUUCGGCGAAGAAAUGUAUCCACUGUGGCAAAGCAUACGUAAGCAUGCCAGCCCUGGCGAUGCACGUGCUGACCCAUAAACUAACACACAGUUGCGGUGUCUGUGGCAAGAAGUUCUCCAGACCGUGGCUACUCCAAGGACACCUGAGAAGUCACACGGGCGAGAAACCUUACGGGUGCGCGCAUUGCGGCAAAGCGUUCGCCGAUCGGUCGAAUCUGCGCGCUCACAUGCAGACGCACUCCGCGGACAAGAACUAUGAGUGCCACAAGUGUCACAAAUCGUUCGCGCUCAAAUCUUACCUGAACAAGCACCAAGAGUCCGCCUGUCAGAGGGAGGACGACGAUGACCCAGAUUCACCUGAAUAGAUUCCAUCGAGUUACGGUCACUUUUGGCGCUAGUGUCGCUGCACGUCAUCAAUUGGCGACACAUCAGACGAGAAACGAAAUGCAAGAAAAGAUUCAAUCCCUUUUGGUAUCAACUUCAAUGGGUCAAUUCAAUCUUUCUGGAAUUCAACAGUUCCAACAAUGAUGACUACUUCGUUGUUUCCAUUCCUCCCUCUCGUAAACUUCCAAAAAAUCCCACGAAACAUUCUCUCGAUGAAAACCGUAAAAGGAAGGAUUCGUCCACGAAACAACAGAAACAACGAAGAAUUUCAAUCGUUGACGUCACAGGUGAUUUUUCAUUAUUAACUAGCAAUCACGAAUCGAAUCAUCGAGUUCCCAGUCUGGGUAAGCGAACGAUCUCAAACUGAUCGCGAUUCAUGUCACCAGAAGCUACCAGCAAGCAAGGAACAGACAUUUCGAAGAUGAAACCCAUAAAAUAGGCGGACGUUGAACCAACACGAGAAUAUCGUGGUUAAACUAACGUUCUGAAUUCUCGUUUCGUUCUUCGUGUGAGUAAACAUUCAAAAGCGUAUAUUAUUAACGUAAGCUGAUUAUUAAAGUCGUGUUCGCACAGAGAAAGGAACGUUAGAGGAGAACGGAGCGUAUAUACAGGGAUAAUUCGUCGUAAAGUAAGGAGACACGCGUUUCAUUGCAUCAAGACGCGCAUGGUGCGAUUCAAACGACAUUCCUUUCGUCCAUGGACGCUCGAUGAGAUUCUAUUCGUCGUCCGGUGAAAUCGAUAUUCGCGUGGCAUCAAGGGAAACGAAAACGACGCUCGUUCGCUUCCCGAUGAAGUGUCUGGAAUACGAUAGGGAGAGGCAAAGAACGAACAGCGCGGCGAAAAUCGAUGCAAUACUAUCGAGGGACCAUCAAUUUGUGAGUAAAAUUCAUUUCGAAUCGCCGAUAGUCGAUGGGAACCGGGUCAAUUCUAGUCAAAGAACUUCGGAAUCCAAUGAAAAUAAUGCAUACUCCAAGUACGCUUACUAGUCGAUUUAACGAUCUUCUCUUUGAUGAAACUUGGCAUCUUUCAGAUGUCGCGUGGCAAUUCGUGUACCAUCGUCUCAUUCUUAUUAGUUUUCUGCGUGCUCUUCUGCAAUUUCACUUAACGUAAUAGCCUGUAUAUAAUGGAUCCACUGAUUGGGAUCAUUAGCAUGUUGAUAGGAAUAUUUGACUUCUAUCUUAGUUCUAUCUUAGUCGCGCGGAAUAAAAUAGUCGAAACACAUACUGAAACGUGAUUCGUGUUAGGGAAAGCGAUCUCAAGCGACCAAUUAAUUUCAGGACAAGCUAUAGUCAAAGAGAAUUUCGUUUGAUGAUUCUCCAUGAUUCAUACUUAUCAACAUUUUAACGUGCCUCUUCUUUUGCGAUUCUGCUCGACGUUAAUCUCAACUUCAUUCUCAACUUCCUUUCGUAUUUAUUUUUCGUACAAAUAUAGUAAUAGCUUCACGACGAGGUAAAACAAUAUAUCGUACCGUAACUUGACCGUCGUCGAAAUGAUUCGCGGGCAAGUUGAUAUCCGAUACCUAUCGAUGGAUGAUAGGAGACUAUCGAUGUUAGAAGCGCGAAAAGUUUCCACGCGAACGUAAUUUCCUCGAGGAAUCGUUUUCCCAAAGUUCCAUCGGCGCCCUUGGCGUACAAUGGGAACGAUGGAGGGAGGAUGAGCACACGUCGGAGGUUUUCAUCAACAUUUCACGUAAACUGGACCACCUGUUGAAUGCAGGAAUGACCAUUGGUGGCGAAAGGGUCGCUCUCUCGUUUCGCUCUCCUAAAUUAUAGAACAUCCUCCCGUAAUUUCCUCGUUGUCAGAAGUAUACGCCAACGAGACCGCCAUUUUUCGUUUUUUCUUCUUUUUUUUUUCUUCAAUGAGAUGAUUUAUAGAAUGACUCGAUCUGCAUAUUAAAAAAUUACGGGAACUUUUUACAUCCUCGAGGAAUUUCCUAAUCGCCUAUCUAGUCAGAAGCUUCUGGUUGAUGAUCGAUCGCUGACAAAAUUUUGAGAUUCUUCUUUUAUCGUAAAUUUCGAAAAUGGAAAUCUCCUCCGACAAUUUCUAAUUUAAUAACGCAAUAAUGCAGCUUUUACUCGAUAGUUUGUAAGUGCGUAAGUUUUUAUUUUAGGAGUUAAUAAAUGAACAAAUAUUGCAAAAUAUAUUUAGACUGUUCUACGCUUAAGAUUGUACUUAGAUCGUUAGCUACGCUUUUAUCGUUCCUAGUCCAAUAGUCGUUUUAUUUAUCCUCUAGUUCACUCGUACUUAUAACGUUCUUAAUCGUAAUAUUAAUUUAAUAUUUUAUUAUAACGACGGAAGGAAAAUUAGAGUGGGAAAGACGAAAGGAAUGUCGACGUAUAGAAAAUAUCAAGGACAAGCACCGGCAGGAAACUGAAAAAAGAAAUAAAGAGACUUCCACUCUAGUCAGUGAGCUACGCUUGUAUUGUAUCGUUUUAUCUUAGGUUGCCUCGAAAAACGGGGCUUAGUCUUGUAUAAUAGGUGAAGUGAUCGUUCUUAAAUUUAAGUUGUUCGUGUCGCUGUUGCUUUCAUGUGGGAAAAAAAACGCGUUUUUUAUAACGACCGUAGAGAUAUUUUGGUACGAGAACAUUUUCAGCGAUUAGAAAAAAAAAAAAAAAAAAAAACAAGAAACUUAGGGGAUCGACCGAUUGUAUUAUUGCGUACUCGAGGUAUCGGUUAGUUCGCGUUAAGUAGUUUUUAAACGGACGCAACGGAACAAACGAGCUUUAGCGGUUUAAGUUUCUAAUGAACUAAAGAAAAUGAGAAUAAAACGGCGUCGAAUGCGUCUGCAAAUUUUCUCGCGCCAUGUGUCUGUUUAGCAGAGCAACGUCGAACCUCGAUCUCGAGGAUUUUCACGUCUGCAUUCGACAUACCAGCAACGUGCAUGUGAUUCUUCGAAAACAGAAAAUGGAAGAAAAUUCGACCCUUAAAGGCGAUCACGAAUCAGAGUUUACCGAGACGAAUCUUCAUUAAACUACAAAAUUAAGUGUUUUAUUGUUGUUCGAUCUAGAUGAGGAGCAGCAAAAUUACCGUUUGAGCUGGUCACAAAUAACACGACGAUGGUGGUAUCGUUACUGAACGAUAACAUCAAAACAAGAUCCAUGAUAGCCUUGAAGGGUGAAAAUUGAGAGAAAGAGGAAGAUUUUAAAAACAGAUACAACUCUGAAUUUAAUUCCACUCUUUCUGAUAGAUCGACGGUUGUAAAGGGGAUUAAUGAAAUCACGUGUACGUUGCUCAUAACAGUGUUUGAGCAAGAAGUCAGAAAUAGACUUGCCUAACGUUCGUCCGUUCGAUUCUAUAAGACUAGAUUGGCUGUUGACAUGUAAAUAUAUUCGAUUAUUUUUCCAUGUUCUUAUAUAAAAUCUAUUAUAAUUGUAAGUAUAAGGUUCCUAGACGUAGUAGCUAUUUUCUCUUAACGUUUUUAUUUAUAUCAUUUUAAUUAACGAUGAGUUAAGCGAGUCUGUGUCUGACCAAGUUUCAACGAUUAAGGGAACAGCUUCGAAAAUCGUCCCGUACGUUCGUUUCCAUGGGACAAACCAAACAUUCCAGUUCUAUUCAAUAUUAUGGGAGACGGAUAAUAAUAGUUCAUGCCGGUGUUGCGAUAACCGGGAGCGACCAAUUCGAACAGGUCGUUGGCAAAUUUGAUCCACAUCUUCAAUGAUAUUCACAAGCUGUACCAGUCUCGUUUUCGUGCUCUAAUACACAAUACUCGACAGUCAAUCGAAUCUCUAAUCAAUUAGAGUUAACCUCGUAACGGUAGUCAAUAAUGAAACAAAAAAGAAUGAUCUAUAUGGUUAUCAAAGUACAUCUUCUUCAUCAGCGCAACAAAUUUUAACAAAGAUAAAACUUCUUAGGAAAGGCGAAGUAUAUUAACGUCUGGAUUCUUCGAAUUAGAAAAUUAAAAAAGAUAUAGUAUAGCGCAAGCGAUUGAUCACUGAGAUUAUUAUUUAAUGAAGUGUUACGAUACCUUUUUCUCGUUCAAUAAUUGCUAGAUUAGAGAUUUUUAUGCAUUUAUGAGAAAUUUAAAGAAACAAAAAUGGACAGGAUACGUGUAAAAUAUGGAAAGUGGAGUAGUUGUUAUAAUACUUAGUAGAUGAAAUAAAUUUCUGUUUAGAUACCAUAUGAUUAGUGUUGCGUUCAGAAAAAUAUAAAUUUGCAUAGAUACCUGCAGUCUAAUAAUCGCUACAGUGGUGAUAAAUAAUUUGAAAGAUGCUAUACAAGUAUGAAAGCACGUUGCUUAUUAUUAACGCCAUUAUUAUUAUCUUUAUCACAUAAUACUAUUUUUAGCAAAUUUCUAAUAACUCUCGCCACUGUUUCAAUGAAAAAGAUCUACGAAUAAUUAAAUUCCUUCGUUUAAGAUCAAACGACUCAGCGAUCAAUGCUUGACUCGAAUAAAAAAUUACAAAAAUUCGUUGCCGUCUCGAAGACUAUUUUCAGCGUUGAAAAAAGUUUUCGAAACACGAUUUCCUCGAUGCUUUUUUGUCGAAUUCGUGGACAGGGAAGCAUGAUAAAUUAGUGGAGUUAAUUAUUCAAUGGUAAAGAAGAAAAAAAAAGGGGAGAAAAGAAACGACGUAGCAAACCGCAGAACUGAUGAACACGCGAAUACAAACUAACGUUAGAUCGUCGCCGUAGUGUAAACUUGAACGAAAGCAAAAAAAUUUACAAAAAAAAAUGGUACGAUAAAAAUGGUGUAAUUAUUAACUAUAUUAACGAUAAACAAGCAGUCGACGCUAUUUUUUAGAUACGCAAACGAGUUAAGCCAGGACCCAGGACGAUCAUGCCUCGUACGUUUCUCGGUCCAGUGAAAAUCAAUUUUUCUUGUUCAACGUCAUAAAGAACACACAAUUUUUAUUGGCUGUGCGUUCGUACUUCGAGCCGAAUUUAAUCGAAUUGGAGGAAUCGUGCAUGUGUACGACGAUUAUCUGGGUAAAAUUACUGUGAUAUAUUUUAAAAAUAACUUUAUUGAUUUCAUUGGGAUUAUUAUUAAACUCGGAUUGUAGAGCAGAAGUUAAUAAUAUAUUAUAUUACAGGAUAUUUAGAAAGAAAGUUGGAAAUGAAAUUUUUAAAACAUUAAUCACUCCUUUUUACAGAAAGAUUGAUCCUUAAAGGCUACCUUAAAGGUUACUUGAUAAAAGUUCACAAACGGCACAUCUGUUUCGAAUAAAAAGAAUUAAUAAAAUUGGACAAGUAGAAUUAAAUGUUUCAUCGUUAUUCGAUAUUAAAAGGUAGAAGAUUAUUGUUCAAAGUGGUUACAAAUAACAUUGUACUGUUACAGAGCGAUAACAUCAAGAGAAAAUUCAUACGAAGUGAAAUUUCCUAACUUGUAAAUAGCCUUUAAGGGUUGAAUAUCUUUCAAGUCGCAAAAUGACUUUAAAUUAUAGGAUCAAAGUUUUAAAACGCCCUGUAUAUUGAAACUAAUUUCCGCGUGACAACGAAUCAAGAAGUUUCUAAGUUUCUAAUCUGAGCGAGAUCUGUCUCGUAAGUUGAAGGAAACUUUAUAAUUGCGUCGUUAUAUUAUCAGCAUAAUUGAUCUAAAUCUUUCCAUUGGCUAAGUUUUUCAGUACAACAUAAUUUACUAAUUUUCUACUUUUUGCGUAUGUCAGAGUUAAUUACUCGGAUUUGCGUCGUGCCGUCACGAAGCCACGCUUAACCGAAUUUUUCUAGUAGAUAAAGCUGAUUAAACGGAGCCCUGAUGAAACUUAUUGCCUCAUAGCCGUUAUAAUGUUAGCUAAAGGACAAACGAGCCGAAGAACGAGGAAGGAGUGGAAGCAGAACGAGACAAGGGAAGAUUUUCCUUGUUUCUUCAGCGAGAGACCGAUUGCUAUUUCGAUUCGUCGCAUAAUUAAGCGUUUAGAAGACUCUAAAGAGGACCAAAGUACUUAAACGUAACUACGCCGAAGCCGUGGCGCUCUUAAACGCAGCGAUAAAACGUAAUUAAUGUCACCUUUCGCGAUUGUUGUCAAUAAGCAAACGAGUAACAAUGAGAAAGAAAAGAUGACGCGAGGAAAAAAGAAAAGAAAGGAAAAAGAAGAAAGAGAGUAAAAUAAGCGUGAAGGUGCUGACUGUUAAAAUUACGUACGUUCGAAAACACGGUAAAAAUGAACAACGAAACCAACGCGACAAAAGUUGUCCGCUGUAACUAUAAUUAAUUAACUUAUUAGACCGAAUAUGCACGAUAUAUGCUAUAUGUAUGUGUAUAUGUACGUAUAUGUUAGUCGAAUUUUCGCUACACCGAAACUUUUCGCGAGAACGAUCGCCUCUAAUUAAUCUCAAUACACGAACGCUUUCAUAAAGAAAAAAAAAAAAGACAUUACAAAUCGAGCUCGAUGUUUUUGGAAUUUGGAUUGUAUUGGUCCUCUACGAUAGAGUCGCUCUUAUAAAUACAAUUUAUAUUUCUUGGUAUUUAUGUGUUAAUAUGAAUUUUCUUAUACGUUGUGAUAAAUUAUGUACAAAGUCAUGAUAUAGUAAUUGUCAUAGAUUGAUGUUAAGCUUCGUUUUCAAGAUUUUUUAUUUCUGAACGUAGUUUAGGAGAAAAUUAUUCGCAACGACGUAAGAGGACGUGAAAAAUGAAUUAUCCAUUGCACGUUAAACGGACAAUUUUCAGGCACUAGAUAAGAAACGGGUUAUCCUUUAUUAAAUCCAAUUAUGAAAUUAAUUAGAGCGCGAUCCAGGCUCGCCUCCGUACGCGAUAAUUUAGAUUUCGCUCGAGUUUCAUGCAGAGUCGAUAAGUCUGAAAUCUGCAAGUUAUCUGCGCCAUCGAAUCAUUUCGCAUGUACCACAAGAAAACACACGUAGAAACAAGGACAAGAUACGAGCGAACAACGUUAGGGGAAAAAGAAACGCAUCGGUGAAAGCAGAACUUUAUAGAGAAGCAGGCAUGAUCAUCAGUAAACCUGGCUUUUGUGAAAAGGAUUAAAAAAAA